AAACGAGCAACAAAUUACCCGAAGAAAGCAAUGAAGAAAAGCUGACUUUGUCCUAAGGACUUUGCUGUUGAUGUUGUUCUUUAGUCUUUAGAAACUGCUCAAAUAUUGAAAGUAAAACAGUAAGGGCACUGAGUUGUGUAAUGUAUGCAAACACAAUCGUGCUUAUCCUGAGCUAGCGGACCUACGGGAGAGAAGUAAGCUGUGUUACGCUUUGAAAUUGGUUUUCCGUGAAGCUGAACAAAGCUAGUUACAAGAUGCACAGUGAUGCCCUGUGUUCAAACUCAGUAUGGAACUGUGCCCUUCGACAGCAAUUAUUUCAGUUCUGAGUUCCUGAACCCCGACCUCAGUGCCAAGCUGGCCAUGGACAUCGGCGCCCAGCGGGACCAGCUGUCAGCCUCACCCCUCCCCAGCAUCAACACCCUGGUGGCCAGUGGCUACGUGGGCGAGUUUGACGCAUACUCCUGCCAAAUCACUGCCUCCAAUGCCCCUCCUCCUGGCCACGUGGCCGGCGGCAGCUCCAGCCCUCAGGCUCAGCACUCUGCCUUCAAACUGGAUGACCUCCAGGUGUAUGGCUGCUACCCGGGCUCCUUCGCACUCAGCUACCUCGACGAGACGCUGUCUUCCUGUGGCUCUGAUUACUAUGGCAGCCCUGUGUCGGCAGCCGCCUCCCCACCUACUCCAGGCCUCCAGAGCCAGCCCGGUUCAGCCUGGGAUUCCCCGUUUAGCCCCUACUCCCCAGGCCCUGGGUGCUGGGGUGCCGAUAAGUCAGGCCUGGCUCAGCAGCCCUCAUUCUUUACCUUCAACCCCCCUGCGGAGCAGCACUCCCCCCUGGGGCAGCACCAGUGUCCCCAGCAGACUGAGGAGGACCCAAUCUUCCAGCCCUCCCAGCAGCAUGCCUCACCUCUCCACUACACACCGCUGGCCCUUGACCCGGGGUCGCUGGACAACCAGGGGCUCAUGGAGGGGCCCAUGUCCUUCCCUAAGACCUCCAGCCCUGGGGCCAAUGAGGGCCGCUGUGCGGUUUGCGGGGACAACGCCUCUUGUCAGCACUAUGGCGUCCGCACCUGUGAGGGCUGCAAGGGGUUCUUUAAGAGAACUGUACAGAAGAAUGCUAAAUAUGUGUGUUUAGCCAACAAAGACUGUCCAGUAGACAAGAGGAGGCGGAACCGUUGCCAAUUCUGCCGUUUCCAGAAGUGCCUGAUGGUGGGAAUGGUAAAAGAAGUUGUGCGCACAGACAGCCUGAAAGGUCGCAGGGGUCGCCUGCCUUCUAAACCCAAGACUGUGCAGGAGUCAGCACCCUCCACGCCACCCGUCAACAUCAUCACCUCUCUUGUCAGGGCUCACAUAGACUCCAACCCUGUCAUCGGAAAGCUGGACUACUCCAAGUACCAGGAGACAGUGGCCAGUCUGUCAGAAAAAGAGGAUGCCAACGACAUUCAGCAGUUCUAUGACCUACUGACCGGCACCAUGGAUGUACUCCGGAAAUGGGCCAAGACCAUCCCAGGAUUCACUGCCUUCUGUGAAGAAGACCAGGAUCUACUCCUAGAAUCUGCGUUUGUGGAACUCUUCAUACUGCGGUUAGCAUACAGGUCAAGUCCUGAGAAGGACAAGCUGAUCUUCUGCAAUGGUGUGGUACUUCACCGUAUGCAGUGUGUGCGAGGCUUCGGCGACUGGAUCGACUCCAUCAUGGACUUCUCCCAGAGCCUCCACCGAAUGAACCUGGACGUGUCAUCAUUUGCCUGCCUCGCAGCACUCGUCAUCAUCACAGAUCGCCAUGGCCUUAAAGAGCCCAAACGGGUAGAAGAGUUUCAGAACCACCUCAUCACCUGUCUGAGGGACCAUGUGACCAGCAGUGGUUCCGACUCGGGGCGGUCACAGCCCAACUUCCUGUCCCGCCUACUCGGGAAGCUUCCGGAGCUGCGUACCCUCUGCAUUCAGGGCCUUCAGCGCAUCUUCUACCUGAAACUGGAGGACCUGGUCCCGCCCCCGCCGAUCGUAGACAAAAUCUUCAUGGAUACCUUACCUUUCUGAAAAGGCAGUUAAAAAGUUGAAGAAAGUUUGUGAUACACUGAGAAGGGUGAAUAAGGGGAUCUUGUCUGAGUCCAUUGCAUUGGGGACUUCUGAGUGUUAAAUGUGGACAGUAGGGACUACCAGGCCUGCACAUACCCCUGACGUGGCCUUGCCCCUUUCCAGUGUAUUCACAUCGUGACAAGUCUAAUUCUGCCUCUGGUCCAGUGACCACUUCAAAGUGAGUACUGAGACAAUUCUUCUUAUAUUUCGUUUUUAAAGCAAAAAUCCUGGGGGUGAUAGAACUGGAUAUCUAUUUUUACAAUCUCAUGACAUUCUCAUGGACAAGUGUAUUCAACAAAAGAGAAGGCGUGAGAGAACUUUUUGGCCUCUUUUGUAGUUGUCACUUUGUGGAGUGGUUUUAUUGCUAUGCAAAAUGUAUACAUUUGUGUUUAUGCACGCUGUGAGAUACUGGGAGAAAUCUAAUGGUGUGCUGUACGUACAGCUCUUAGGGGAAUAUCUGGACCGUACUUUUGCCAGAUACAUUUCCUCUAAAGGGACAGUAAAGUAUUCAAUCAGUCAAUAUAUUCAAACCUGAACAUCUGCUCAUCCCCCCCUUUUAAAAAUUCUAUUGUGUCCACAUCCCAACUCAAAUCCAUCCCUCAUCAGGAGUGUGACACCAGGCCUUGAUAUGGGGAGUAUGGACAAUCUCUGCAUCUUUCAAGACAGUUGUGCUAUGUGAGAGAUGGAGUUAAUGUUCACAGUAAGCUAUUAAUAUGUAAAUACUAGCUGAAAUGUACCAGUGGCCUAGCUUUGGCCUUAGGUGAGGGCAAGACUUGCCCCAGUGAGACAUGGGUGCUGGUGUGAGUAUAUGGAACCAGAAAAGUCUGAGCCGUUUGGGUAAAACACUGGUUUGUAUUUUGUAUGGAAAUGCGCCAUCAUUAGUUGCUGUUUGAAGUGUGGAGAGUCUCCAUGGGUCUCCAGUUCAAUAGUCUUUCUCAAAAACAGCAAUUUCUUUCAGAAAAUGUUUUUUUUAAUUAUCAUAAACAUAAUAGUAAUUGUAAUAAAAUACAUUUUAGUUCUGAUACAGUAACUUUACAUCUAUAGAAAAUCUUGGACCAAAUGGAAGCUGUUUAUCUGCCUACAGCUCAUUAACCCUAAAGCCUUAAUGUAUCUUUAAAAGGUGCCAAAAUGUUGACCUGCAUCACAUUGGGAGUAUUGGGAGUAUUGGGAGUUUUUAAUGGCAGGAGAAUCAUAUCACUGAAACCAAAAAAAUGUCCUUCAAACAAAAAGAGUAAAGCCAUGAAUUCCUUAAAAGAUAAACAUGCCAGCAGAAUUACAAAGCUUUAAAGUGCCUUUAAAAAAAAGGUAUAAAUAAUUACACCCUGAAGGACUUUGUAUUCAGGUUUUCAUUCCAACCGUCUCACUGGUAGAAACACUGUAAAACGACCUAUUUAAUGUCAACAACGACAAGAUUAGGAAUCAUUCAAACGGACAUGUACAAUUGGCUGAAAUUAACAUGUGCAUACCAAGAGAUACUUGAAGGUUAGGAAUCCCAUGGUUUGGAAUAUCCUAAGGGUAGUCUAGGGGUGUACAUUUUGGAAUACAUUUGUUUUUAUGAAUGUAGGAGAGUAUUAAGUUUCACAGUAUAUAGCUGUAACAUGGAUUCAGUCAAGUACGUGAUCCUUAAUGCUUUACAGGUUCCUAUCCUUAUUCUUAACUGUCUUUACAAACCUGUGCUACUCUAAGUGUUGCCUUACACAUGCUCCUUCAGGAGGAGCGUGUGCACUUUUAUUAUAAGUUGUUGUUUUAAUUUUGUUUUUGAAAUGAACAUUUAAGUGAUGUCAUAAUACAGUGAAAUGUGACAAAAACACGAGCAGCUAAGAGAAUUUCAGCGUUCUAACACAGAAUUCAGAUUUAUAAAAAUGUCCUGCUUCUUUUUCUGUUUGUUUGUGAAAUGUGUGUAUGCUUAUAACAGAAAUACUUUAUAUUUGUGAGUUUUCGUAAUGUGGUACAUAAGUAUACAUAUUCAGAGAAAAGUAUUUAAUAUUAAAAGAACA